AUGACCAUAUUUCACUCCCAGCACCCCAAAAUAUCCAUCCCUGAGGUCGACGUAUACUCAUUUCUCUUCAAAUCCCCAGACUUUGCAAAAAAGGCAUCCCAGAAAGCUCUCAUCUACGAUUCUCCCAAUGGCCACAUUUCGUAUACUUAUGGAAUCAUGAAGGAGAGAAUCGACAAGUUUGCCGCGGGGUUGACCAAACUGGGCUUUAAGAGGGGCGAUGUAAUGGGUGUCUUCUGUCAGAACAAUGUCGACUAUCCUACCAUACUCUUUAGUGUUCUCAAGCUCGGUGGCAUAAUCUCACCCGCAAAUCCAACCUACACGCCCAAAGAACUCGCCUACCAGCUGCAAAACGCGGGUUGCAAGUACUUGGUCACCCAAACCGACUUUAUAGGAAACGCUGUAUCUGCAUCCGAAUCCGCUGGCCUAGCCAAAUCAAACAUAUUCUUAAUCUCACCGCAAGGCGCACAGGGUUUCAAAGGCCUUGAUCAGAUAUUUAGUGAUGAGGUGUCGCCGCACGUCGUGCUGGCUGGGGAUGCUGCCAAAAAGACUGUUGCGUAUUUGUGCUAUUCGUCGGGGACGACUGGUGUUGCGAAAGGUGUCAUGACAUCCCACUAUAACAUGGUCGCAGACGUAUCGCAAGUCAUGGCCUGCGAGCAAGAUUAUAGAAUCGGAGACGUGUGGAUGGGGUUCCUGCCGUUCUAUCAUAUAUAUGCACUUACAUGGAUUGUCCACGGCUCAAUAGCAAAAGGAAUCGCCGUUAUCGUCAUGCCCAAAUUCGAUCUCGUCCAAUUCCUAGAAGCUGUACAGAAAUACUCUGUCUCACACGUCCACUGCGCACCACCGGUCGCAAUCCAAAUGGCCAAAAACCCAAUCGUCUCAUCCUACAAUGUCUCCUCUAUACGCAUGCUCAUCUGUGGCGCUGCUCCACUUGGAGGGGACGUGGCGCAAGAACUUUACGAAAAGACACACAUUCCUAUCAAGCAGGCGUAUGGAAUGACCGAGUCGAGUCCCGUAUCGCAUAUAAGUCCCGAUACCGGGAUUAUUGUUGCCAGUUGUGGGAAGCUGAUUCCGAAUAUGAGUGCCAAGAUCGUGUCUGUUGAUGGAAGAGAGGAGCUGGGUGUUGACGAGGAGGGGGAAUUGUGGAUGAAGGGACCUAACAUUAUGCUUGGGUACCAUAAUAACCAAGAAGCAACACGGAAUACUAUUACACCAGAUGGGUGGCUCAUGACUGGUGAUAUUGCCAAGGUUGAUGCGUCAGGCAACUUUUACAUCACAGACAGGCUGAAAGAAUUGAUCAAAGUUAAAGGCUUCCAAGUCGCUCCAGCUGAACUCGAAGCCCUCCUCCUCACACACCCCAAAGUCGCUGACGUGGCCGUCAUAGGCAUUCACGACGACUACUCUGACGAAGUCCCGAAAGCAUUCAUCGUGCCAAAGCCCAACAUCAGUCUGGUGCCGAGUGAGAUUAUUUCAUUCAUGGAGGGAAAGGUGGCGCCACACAAACGGUUAAAGGGCGGUGUAGAGUUUAUUGCGGCGAUACCAAGGAAUCCGUCUGGGAAGAUUUUGAGGAAGGAUUUGAGGGCGCUGGAGGCGAUGAAGAAGGGGGCGAAGCUGUGA